UGUUGAAACCCGUCAUGUAUAGAUCGGAGGCACCGAAAAAGUGCCGAUUUAAGAGGAAAUAUUUAGAGAACCAAGUUGCGCUCCAUGGGAAAUAUCCAGGCAGGAAAAGAUAGGUUGAACCAGAACUUUUUAUAUCACUUCGGAAGCCUGGCAAAAUUUGGCAAGGACUAUUCGCUGCAGUGCAUGCUGAAAAUGAAUAUCUGGUGCUACUUCUGGGAAAGAUUAACCGUUACAAGGUGGUGGAUUGCUCGGCAAAGACAGAAUGUAGGCUUCUGCAGGAUUCGGUCCGGGAGGAAUUUUUACGGUAUCGUCAGGCAAGUUACGACGACCGUUGCAUACUCGAAUCAGGUUGACCCAUCUCAAAUUCAGGAUGCCUGUGUCGACCAAAACCAGGCGAUUAAGACGACACGUUUAACACAUUUAUCAGUGGAAUUUGUCGAUGAUCUGGAUCGCAUCCGAAAAUUGGCCGAUUUCACUGAUCUGCAGAGUAUACGGAUUCUGUACACAUUUGGAGGCAACUCUGGGGCAUCUUUGGAUCGAUUGAUUGCGCAUUUCAGACCAUUAUGCGACAAUGAAACCAUCUACGAAAUCUGCCGACGCAACUGGACGACUUGGUGGCUACAGGAAAAUGUGAACCAGUUUUCCUCGUCGCCGUCAUCAUCAUCAUCACAACAAAUACAGGAAGUGGCCCCAAAAAUGCAACAACACCCGCUCUCUCUUUCUCCGGUCGCCACUCUCCCACCGGGAGUUUGUUGUUUGACUCAUUCGGCUCUCGCCGGGGCGGGAGGAAAAACCGGUUUUCUACUACCGUAUCCGUCAAGGUAUUCGUGCCUUCCGUCUCUAUGCUUCCCGGAUCGUUUCCCUGUUGUUUCCCCCGAAAGUAUGCAAGGCCGUCUCGUGUUGUCGGUGGAGUCUUCCUAG